AUGUGUGGUAGUGGUGGUCGUAGUGGUAGUGGUGGUCGUAGUGGUAGUGGUGGUCGUAGUGGUAGUGGUGGUGGUAGUGGUAGUGGUAGUGGUAGUGGUAGUGGUAGUGGUAGUGGUAGUGGUAGUGGUAGUGGUAGUGGUAGUGGUAGUGGUAGUGGUAGUGGUAGUGGUAGUGGUAGUGGUAGUGGUAGUGGUAGUGGUAGUGGUAGUGGUAGUGGUAGUGGUAGUGGUAGUGGUAGUGGUAGUGGUCGUGGUAGUGGUAGUCGUGGUAGUCGUGGUAGUCGUGGUAGUCGUAGUCGUCGUGGUCGUCGUAGUGGUCGUAGUAGUCGUGGUAGUCGUAGUAGUGGUAGUAGUAGUAGUGGUAGUAGUAGUGGUCGUAGUAGUAGUGGUAGCAGUAGGAGUAGUCGUAGCAGUCGUAGUGGUAGCAGUAGGAGUGGUCGUAGCAGUCGUAGUGGUAGCAGUAGGAGUGGUCGUAGCAGUCGUAGUGGUAGUAGUAGUAGUAGUAGUGGUAGUAGUAGUGGUCGUAGUAGUAGUGGUAGCAGUAGGAGUAGUCGUAGCAGUCGUAGUGGUAGCAGUAGGAGUGGUCGUAGCAGUCGUAGUGGUAGCAGUAGGAGUGGUCGUAGCAGUCGUAGUGGUAGGAGUAGUAGUAGUGGUAGUGGUAGUGGUAGUGGUAGUGGUAGUGGUAGUGGUAGUGGUAGUGGUAGUGGUAGUGGUAGUCGUAGUGGUAGUGGUAGUCGUAGUAGUAGUGGUAGUCGUAGUAGUCGUGGUAGUCGUAGUAGUCGUGGUAGUCGUAGUGGUAGUCGUAGUAGUGGUAGUCGUAGUAGUGGUAGUAGUAGUAGUGGUAGUAGUAGUGGUCGUAGUAGUAGUGGUAGCAGUAGGAGUAGUCGUAGCAGUCGUAGUGGUAGCAGUAGGAGUGGUCGUAGCAGUCGUAGUGGUAGCAGUAGGAGUGGUCGUAGUGGUCGUAGUGGUCGUAGUGGUCGUAGUCGUAGUGGUCGUGGUAGUCGUGGUAGUGGUAGUCGUGGUAGUCGUGGUAGUGGUAGUAGUAGUAGUAGUAGUAGUGGUAGUCGUAGUAGUAGUGGUAGUCGUAGUAGUCGUGGUAGUCGUAGUAGUCGUGGUAGUCGUAGUGGUAGUCGUAGUAGUGGUAGUAGUAGUAGUGGUAGUAGUAGUAGUGGUAGUAGUAGUAGUCGUAGUAGUAGUGGUCGUAGUAGUAGUGGUAGCAGUAGGAGUAGUCGUAGCAGUCGUAGUGGUAGCAGUAGGAGUGGUCGUAGCAGUCGUAGUGGUAGCAGUAGGAGUGGUCGUAGUGGUCGUAGUGGUCGUAGUGGUCGUAGUCGUAGUGGUCGUGGUAGUCGUGGUAGUGGUAGUCGUGGUAGUCGUGGUAGUGGUAGUAGUGGUAGUCGUGGUAGUGGUAGUCGUGGUAGUCGUGGUAGUCGUGGUCGUGGUCGUCGUGGUCGUGGUCGUAGUAGUAGUAGUGGUCGUAGUAGUGGUCGUCGUAGUGGUCGUGGUCGUCGUGGUCGUGGUCGUCGUGGUCGUAGUGGUGGUAGUAGUCGUGGUGGUAGUAGUCGUAGUGGUAGUAGUCGUAGUAGUAGUAGUCUCGUAGUAGUGGUGGUAGUCGUAGUAGUCGUGGUAGUCGUAGUAGUCGUGGUAGUAGUCGUAGUAGUCGUGGUAGUAGUCGUAGUAGUCGUGGUAGUAGUCGUGGUAGUCGUGGUAGUAGUCGUGGUAGUCGUGGUAGUAGUCGUGGUAGUCGUGGUAGUAGUCGUGGUAGUCGUGGUAGUAGUCGUGGUAGUCGUGGUGGUAGUCGUGGUAGUCGUGGUGGUAGUCGUGGUAGUAGUCGUGGUAGUCGUGGUAGUAGUCGUGUCGUGUGGUAGUCGUCGUCGUAGUGGUAGUCGUGGUAGUCGUCGUCGUCGUGGUAGUCGUGGUAGUCGUGGUCGUGGUCGUCGUGGUCGUGGUCGUAGUAGUAGUAGUGGUCGUAGUAGUGGUCGUCGUAGUGGUCGUGGUCGUCGUGGUCGUGGUCGUCGUGGUCGUAGUGGUGGUAGUAGUCGUAGUGGUAGUAGUCGUAGUGGUAGUAGUCGUAGUAGUAGUAGUCGUAGUGGUAGUCGUAGUGGUAGUAGUCGUAGUGGUAGUAGUCGUAGUGGUAGUAGUCGUAGUAGUAGUAGUCCUUAG